GAUGAAUUUGAUGAUGAUAAAGAAAAUGAAUUUGUUAAUUUUUUCUUCUUUUAUCUAAUAAUUUAAUUGUUUCUAUUUAAAGGUCGUUUUGCCUUUACCAAGUUCCCAUCGGUGUAAGAUAUUUAUUCUAUCCAGUGAUUGUAGUUUCGUUUUUUGUAAUUAGUGAAUGUGUUUCUAUUUCUAUACAUAUAAAAUUGUAGAAUAGAAAAAAAAAUCAAACUUCUUCUUGGUCUAUUGGGGGUUAAAGGAGAAGAGAAAGAAAAAAGAGAGAGAGAGAGUUUUAGAAAGAAGAAAAGGAAGAAAAAGAAUAAAUUUCUUUUUUCUUUUACUAUCACCCAUCAUCACCCAUCAUCACCAUGUUACUCUGUGGAGGAGAUAUUUUAAAUGAGAGACAGUUACAUAGGUUAACUGAACAUAAGUAUAGAUCUGCAGGUAAUACCCUGUUGGAUCCGGUGAUGCAAAAAUUUUGGAAUUGGUUCAUCACAAAGAUACCCUUAUGGAUGGCACCUAAUCUGAUGACUCUUGUGGGUCUAAUUGUUAAUGCGGUAACAACAAUUAUCUUAGUACUUUAUUCUCCAGAUGGUAAACAACCUAUACCAGGGUGGGCAUUAUUAUUUUUCGCCUUCGGAUUAUUCAUAUAUCAAACUUUGGAUGCUACCGAUGGUAAACAAGCUCGUCGCACCGGUACAAGUUCACCAUUAGGGGAAUUAUUUGACCAUGGCUGUGAUUCCAUAUCAACAGUUUUGGCGUCAAUAGCUACUUGUUUGACAUUUCAAUUAGGUUACUAUCCUGGUUGGAUGUUCUAUCAGUGUAUUGCUGCAUCCUUUUUAUUUUAUCUUGCCCAUUGGCAAACUUAUGUAUCCGCAACUUUAAAAUUUGGAAAAUUUGAUGUCACCGAGGUUCAAUUUUCAAUUAUUUUCUUCAACAUUUUGACUGCUUUCACAAGCCAAGGCUUUUGGGCAACCAAUGUACCUGGCUUAAAUAUUGAGCUAAAGAUAUUACCUGCAGUGGCAACAGCCAUUGCCCAUGUAAUUGUUGCAUUCAAUAAUUUUUCAGUAAUAUUAGCUGGUGGUGUUGGUAAAAAUGGAUCAACCGUUGCAGGAACAAGUGUUCUAUCACCUUGUAUACCUAUUGCGAUCGUAAUUGUACCCGCUUUCAUAAUUUACCAGAAAUCAUCGCCUCAUCUUUUCGAGGAGCAUCCGUGUCUCUACCUGAUUACCUUUGGUCUUAUCAUAGCCAAAGUAACUAACAGACUAGUGGUUGCUCAUAUGACGAAGAGUGAAAUGGACUAUUUAGAUACUGUUCUUAUUGGUCCAGCAAUGCUUUUCCUUAAUCAAUAUUUUAAUAAUUUUCUUCCUGAAUACUUUCUCCUCUGGGUAGCAUUGUUAUAUACCUUGGCCGAUCUCAUUCAUUAUGCUGUUAUUGUUUGCCGACAAAUUGCUAGCUUUCUCCAUAUAAAUAUUUUGACGAUUACACCAAAUGCUCCUUCCUGGAAUGCCCAGAAACAUAACAAAGGCUCACUAAAUGAACAAGGAGAUUCCACCUCAGUGUUAAUACCUCUUUUUGAUCAUCUCGUCGAGGAUGAGGAAGAGCAUGAAGAUAAUCUUAAAAUUGAUAGAGUUAAUAUUGAUGAUAAUGAUGAUGAAGAUGAUGAUGAUGAUGAUAUAAUCUAUGAUGAGGCUAAGCUUAAUCGUGUUGUAACUGUUAAUGAUGAUCAACUGACCCCAACAGCUUCCGACAAUUGGUCAGUUCAACAAUUAUAUCCAUGAAAAAAAGCGAAAGACUUUGAAAAAUUUUGUUAAUUGUCACAAUUUAUACACUUAAUUGUAAAUUUUUAAUUUCUUAUUUAUAUAUAUUAUUAUACAUAUUGCCUGUAAUUGAGAUAGAGAAUUGAGAUUUUUACAAUUAACAAUUAGUAUUAUCAUAUAAUGACCGAUUGAAAAUUGAUUGAAGAGACAACAACGGGAACAAUCAAUUUAAUUGUUGUACUCUAAUCAAAUCUACUUAAAUUUGUAAACACGGAAAAACAAAUUGAUCAUCAUCGUCACAAUUUAAGGCUCUACCUCUUUUCCUAUCCAACAAUCAAUUUAAAUUGCAAAUCAAAGGAUUAAUCAACUGCCUCAAUAUCAUAUAUCAAACUUAAUUGUUGUAAUUUAAUUUUAAUUGGAAUUUAAUUAAUUUUUUUUCUCAUCUUCUUCCCUUUAACAAUUUAUAUUGUAAUAAGCUUACCAGUGAUAAUUAAGCAAAAUCCAUCCAAUUACCUCACUAAACAAUUAGUUUUAGUUAAUUGUCCUGUGUACAAAAUUUGAUCACAAUUAACAAAUCAAACAAAAAAUUAUGACUUUUAUCAAAUUAGUUGCUUGAAAAAAAUAACAAUUAAAUUUAUAUUUUCAAAUCAA